AUGGCUUUGGACGUCCUUGCCGUGGCCCCUCUCUACCAAGACCCUGACGUCAACAAAGUAAGGCUGAUAGCACAGACAACCAAAAAGUCCACCACCCCGCCGAAACCCUUGCCUCCUACCAAGACCAAACUCACCACCAUCGAGACCAAAAGGAUCAUGUCCGUCCUGGAUGAGACCAUUCACAAGGUGGAGUUGGUGACCCUGCUGUCAUACGUGGCAUCCAGUUCCAAGAAUUCGGAGGGGAUGCUGGGGGAGGACAUCAUGAAAGUGGUGAGAGAGCACGAGGACCUUUGCCAGAUCCUCCUGGAUCGCGUCAAUUACCUGCAGGAGGAAGAAAGGCAGUUGCAAGAGGAAGAAGAGUUCGAGGAUGAACCGUGGUUCCGAGACCGUGUCCUCUCCAUAGAGGUGCAGAAAUCCCACCUCCCACCCCUUAUGCAGCAGAUCAAAGGAUCCACCAAGACCGUCGUGAGACUGCUGCUCAGUAACCCCCAGGCUGCCAGUCUGUUGCAGGUGCAGACCCUGGGCAGAAGUGCGGAAGCCCAGAGUUUUGUUGAUAGCCUGGUAGAACUCCGAGGUUUCCUGUUUGAGAAGCUACUCACUAGUCCCAUGGAAGCCAGAGACAAGACUCAGUUCAUCCAGGACAUCACCAGACGGAAUCAGAGGAACCAAGAAAUCAUCGAUACUCUGGAAAAUGAAUUGGCAGCCUGCAUGAGGAACAGGGAUGCAGAGGUGGAGAAGCAGAACUUCGUGAUCCAAGAACUGAAAAACCACCUGCACCAGGUGCUCAGGUUCUCAGAGAACAGCCUCCUUCGCACCAAGCAGGAGGCCGAGAGGCGGCAGAAGGCGGACUUCCGGGCCUCGCAGGCCCGUGUGGCCAAGAUCCAGCAGGAGAUCCUGCUGCUGCGGUCGCAGUUCAACAGCCUGGUCACGGAGAACCGGCAGGCGGAGCAGGCGCUGAGGAAGAAAAAAUAUAAAGUGGAAACGGAAAUUGAGAACUGGAUCCAGAAAUACGAUUUGGAGAUGAGUGAAAAGCAGGAGGAGUACGAGGAGCUGGAUGUCAUCCACAAAGAGGAGAAGCUCCAGCUGGAGGAGCUGAAGAAACGGCAUGACGUGCUGGUGGAAGAGUUCUCCCAGAUCCAGGCCGAGCAGGAGAUCAGCGCCAAGAAGAGGCUGGAAGCCGAGCAGGAGAUGGUGCACAUGGUGCGGGCUGCCACGCUCAUCCAGGCCCUGUGGAAGGGCUACCUGGUCCGCUCCAUGCUCAGGUCCAAGAAGAGGAGGCGGAGCAAGAGCAAAGUGAAGGAGAAGGGCAAGGGCAAGGGCAAGGAGAAGGGCAAGGAGAAGGGCAAGGGCAAGGGCAAGGGUAAGAAAUGAGUCCUUCCCCCAGCCUGCCCAGACCCCUGCCCUCACCAUGAUCUUACCUCUCACUCGAGAGCCGGCCUGGAAGCCCCUGGGAUGUGGAGCCCUGCGAUUCAUGGCUGUAACACUUUUUCAAAAUUAAAAACCC